CGGGGGGUGGGGGGUGGGGGGCGCCCUUAAAAGGCUGCCCCUCGCUGGCUCCCCGCAGGAAGACGACGACGACGGAGCCAUGGCUGCCCCUCUGGCUCUUCUCUUCUUUCUGGGGCUUUGGCUGGACCCCAACAAGGACGUGGAGGCCGCGACGUAUGUCGAGACGACUCCUCGCCUGUGGAUCGAGCCCGAGUCCCCCUCCAGCCCCUGGAGCAACGCGAGCCUCCAGUGCGCGGCCACCAACACAGCGGCGCUGAGCUUCCAGCUGUGGAAGGACGGGGAGCUCUUCCGGACGCUCCCCCCCGGGGGCCCCAUGGCCGCCUUCCGGCUGGGGCCGGUCACCGCCCACAACAGGGGCAUCUACCGCUGCCGGGUGGAGCUGGCAGAAAAGCGCUGGAGCUCGGUGAGCGCCCCGGUGGAGGCUACGGGCGAAGAGCCUCUGCCUGCCCCCUCGCUGCGGGCCGACCCCGGACCUUGGAUCCUGCACGGCCUGGACACCCAGCUGCACUGCCAGGGGGCGCUGCUGGGCAUGACCUUUGACCUGUACCGGGACGGGGAGCUCGUGAGCAGCUCCCACACGCCGCCGGGGGCGGAAGCCACCUUCGUCAUCCGCGAGGCCGGGAACUACAGCUGCCUGUACCGAGCCCCUGGCACCAAGUCAGCGCCCAGCCAGACCAUCCACGCCGCCAUUCCAGACUCCCUGCCGAAGCCCUCCUUCUCCUCGGGGGACAACCGAGUCAUCAGGCCUGGAGACUCCGUGACAUUCCACUGCGGGGGGAGAUUCUCCAGGCUGGAAUUCAAGCUCUUCAAAGACGGGCAGCAGGUGUUUGUGCCCAGGCUGUCUUCGUCGGACCCCCAGCGCAUCCGCUUCCACCUGAUGGACCUGCGCCCGGAGGACGGGGGCACGUACAGCUGCCGCUACCGCUUCAAGGACGGGCCGCCGAUCUGGUCAGAAGACAGCGAGCCCCUGGAGCUGGUCCUGAGCACGGAGACGCUGGCCAAGCCUUCCCUGUCUGUGGAGCCCCGGGGGCCCGCGAUUCCUCGGGGGACCAACGUGACCAUGCGCUGCCGGGGCUCCCAGCCCAACGUGCGCUUCGUGCUGCUGAAGAAGGGCUCCCCCGGGCCCGUGUCGGUGCUGAGCUCGGCCGAGCCCCACGUCGACUUCGUCCUCCCGGACAUCCUGAGCUACGACACGGGCAACUUCAGCUGCCUUUACCUUCAGGCCGUGGCCCCGUUGGCCGGCUCCCAAAGGAGCGAGGACGUGGAGAUCCGAGUGGACGGCCUUCUCCCCAAGCCCACGCUGCACCCCAUGCACCCCAUAGUGGCCCCUGGGAGGGAUGCAGUCCUGCGCUGCUCAGGAGAGAUCCCCAAUUCCCAUUUCCAGCUCUUCAGGGAUGGAGAAAAUGAGGAGUUGGAAGUGUGGGCCUUGCCCAUUAACGACCGCGCUGCGGACUUCCUCUUGAAGAAUUCCAAUCGCCAGGAUGGGGGCAAGUACAGGUGCCGCUACGCCACCAGGGUGGCGCCCAUCUUGGUCUCAGAGAUGAGUGACCCUGCGGAGCUCCAGGUGACAGGCCACGGAUCCUUUCCCGACGGCGGGGGGCUGGCUGCGGGCUCGGGCACCCCAUAAAAUCAGGAACCCCCUCA